AUGUUCAGAAACAACUACGAUGGUGAUACUGUGACUUUUUCACCCACAGGAAGGCUUUUCCAGGUUGAAUACGCACUGGAGGCUAUCAAGCAGGGUAGUGUGACAGUGGGCGUUCGGUCCAAGAAGUUUGCGGUAUUAGUGGCGCUCAAGCGUAAUGCCGAUGAACUCUCCUCUUACCAGAAGAAGAUCAUCAAGUGCGAUGAGCACUUAGGUCUUUCCCUUGCCGGGUUGGCGCCAGACGGACGCGUGCUCAGCAACUUUCUAAGACAGCAAUGCAACUACUCGAGUCUUGUAUACAACCGCAAGCUAUCAUUAGAGAAGGCAGGCAACCUGCUCAGCGACAAGGCCCAAAAGAAUACACAAUCGUACGGCGGAAGACCCUAUGGUGUGGGACUCUUGCUUGCCGGCUACGACAACAGUGGCCCACAUUUGCUUGAGUUCCAGCCUUCAGGAAACACUCUCGAACUCUACGGCUCUGCCAUCGGUGCGCGUUCUCAAGGCGCGAAGACGUAUUUGGAGAGAACCCUUCAAGAUUAUUUGGAAUUGGAUGACGCCGACGAUCUGAUUCGCGUUGCAGUAGAAGCCCUCAGGCAGUGUUUGAAGGAUGAGGUUUUGAGUACCAAGAACCUUUCUAUAGCGGUUGUGGGCCAAGAUAAACCUUUCACAAUUUUGGACGACGAAGCAGUGUCGCCAUAUCUAUAA